AAAAUUACGAAGAAACAAUUGUUUAACAAAGCAAGGUUUUAUCUCGUUUGUCGUGGAAUAAAAGAAAAUAAUUUUUUUAGUUUGACUGGAGAGUCGGAGGAUCGGAGGACGGUGUUUGUUUGUGGAUGAUUUUGACGGCAAAGCACUGCGGCGGAAGAAGAGCCAUGGACGGUAUGGAAAUGGCGGAGUCGACGUCGAUGCCUCCUCUGACGGCAAUCGUUGAGGCGUUUGAGGAGUUGGGCAAGUUCCUCCAAUCCCAUUCCCAUAAGUCCCAACAAAAACAACAGCAAACGCUGCGUUUGGAUACCUUCUGCCAGGCUUCCACUCUCGUCUCCAUCCUCUUCAGCUGCCUUGGCCUCGCUUUCAAGUUCGCCGAGAUGGAGUACAUCUCCAAGGUUGAAGAUCUUGUGGAGGCGUCAAAGACUUACGACACAUUAGAAAGUCUUCUGGAUUUUGAUGUUGCUAAUGACACGGUAAAAUCUCCGGGAAGCCAUUCCCGUAAUCUGCGCCGUGUCCGGCAGGGUCUCGACCUCGUCAGAGCUCUGUUCGAACAAUUCUUGUCUACCGAUGAUUACUCUUUAAGGGAAGCAGCUUCCACAGCUUAUGCCAAUGUUUGUGCGCCAUACCACAGUUGGACAAUCAGAACAGCGGUUGCUGCCGGAAUGUAUGCUCUUCCGUCAAGGGAUCAACUUCUGGUGAAUCUCGAAGAGACCCAUCAGUCAGCAGAGAAGAAGAUGAAAAGGUACAUCCAAGCCUCACGUCCAGUUAUCGAGUACAUCGACAGGCUAUACCUUUCUAGGAACAUCUCCUUGGACUGGUGACUUGAGUCUUCAUCUAUCACAGUAGAUGUCUCCG